UAUAGAUUCGUGUAGUUGAGAGAUGAAGCAUUUAUUAGCAGGGAAAGGUAAAGGUCCUCCAAAAAACUUAACCAAGGAUGUCCGGCAUAUACACACGUCGUAUGAGAUCUCAUUGAGCAGAGGCACAACCCAUCUUUUAAUCGAAAAUACGAGAUACUCAAGCUGAGUAAUCUUUGGGGUUCGAGAUUUGCAUGGAACAACAACCUUCUUUGACGUACUAAUUUAUUUGUGGUGCAUUCAUUUAUGGGUAAAUAUUAUGUAGCAAGUGAGGUGUCCAAAGUGUCUCCGUUGUUUUAAUCGUAUACUUGAAGGACAAAUUGACUCAAAAUCUGUGGUUAUCAAAUAGUGCGUCGUCGCAAUGUCGCUGCAAGCCAGCCAACACGAAAUGGAAAUGGUAGCACAGUUGAAGGCGAGACUGGAGAACAAUGACCAAGUUGGACCAAGUUGGCUCAAGCUUGGUGAUGACGCCGCCUUGGUGGACUUGAUGUUCCUCAGAUUUCUCAGAGCUCGAGACCUCAACUUGAACAAGGCUGAAGAAAUGUUGACCAAGUAUUUGAAAUGGAGAGAGGAAAACGAGAUCGACUCUUUACACGCGUGGACACCGCCUGCUCCUCUCUCCAGAAAAAACUAUCCUUACGAGAUCACCGGCGUGGAUAAGGAAGGCUGUCCAGUCCUGGUCGUUGCCUUUGGUCAGUGGGACAUUCGACGAGUGUGUGAGCUGGGGGUGAAGAGUGAGUACAUCCGGUACGUGGACCAACUCUUCGCCAACGUCACCCAAGCCAUGGCCGCGUCCUCAGCAGAGCGAUCAAAUAUUAUCUCCCAAUUUAUCAUCGUCUUUGUUCCCGACGAUCUGGCCGCGUUUAGACAAAUGUCCUGCAGACAAGCGGUGGAUGCCGUGCUAGAAACGGUCCGAAGGUUCGAAGCUAAUCAUCCAGAAACGUUGAAGCGUGCCUUUGUCAUUGACACUCCGAAGGUUUUUCAAGUCAUCUUCAGUGGGAUCCGACCUUUCAUAAAUUCUAAAACUUUGGGAAAAGUACUAAUUGCGGGAGGAUCACGAGAGUGGCUUCCCGUGCUUCACGACCUUGUAGAACCUCACAACCUCCCAGCCCGUCUGGGCGGAAGCUACGUCUCAAAAUGCGAGAUAUUCAACAAGACGAGACUUCGUACGAGCCCAGCCUCCACCCUGCAACGUGUCCCAAGUGGGGACAGUGCUGCCUUUAUCUGUCGAACCAUCCCUGCCGGAAACAGCAUCUCCAUCGAAUACCAUGUCUCAUCCCCACGUACACAGCUCAGCUGGACUUUUAAAACUGAGCGAUGGGAUAUUGGUUUUUCCAUUCUGUACGACGCCACCCAAGUCGUCGUCCCAUUUUCGAGAUUAGGCUCAGACGACCAACUACAAAGCGGAUCUGUGCUGUGCCAACAUUCCGGAAUAUACGUGCUCGUGUUUGACAACACGUUCAGCCGCUGGCGUUCCAAGGUGGUGCAAUACCGAGUCGUUCUUCGGUCUGAGGACGAGGACAAUAAAGACGACAAAGAAGUCGAGGUUGGCUUUGAGAAUGACGACGCGGGUGACACAUCCUCCGAGGAAAAUGUGCAGGUCAUGGAGGACAAUAAAUGGACAAAUGAGAAGGUGGCGGAGAGACGGAAGAGCUUGUUGCAAACGCUCGUCUUCUAAUAGGAGGGGAUCAUUUUGGGGGCGUAACGCUUGGCUUGACUGACCGGAAAAUGGAGGGGAAAUUGUGAUAUUAUUUAUGUGUUAGAUGAUUCAAAGAAUUGUGUGCAGUUUAAAGAAAUACGGACAAAAUAGUGUGAUCACUUGCGCAGAAACAAUUCACAAUUUUUGUAAUAGUAGAAUUUUGGUUGGUUUAAAAUAAAUACAAGUUAUUGGUUAUUUCUCAGAA